GGGAAAAAGCGAAUACCAAAGGGGAUCACCCAGCGUUCUCGCGUCUGCUAGAUGAAUACGCAGCGCUGCACAACCAAACCCACCAAAUGAGGUCGGAGAUCGAAAGAUUGAAUAAACAGGUGGCAGAUUUGCAGGAGAACAAGCCAGUUGGAGGAGCGUUCCUGGGCAAGGGAAAGAUGCCUGAAAGACCACCCACCUUUGGCUACCUCGAAGCGCUGGCCUCGCAGCAGGAGGAGAAGAAGCAGAGAAAGCUUGCAGAGGACAAUUGCCUCCAAUACCGGGCUGAGCUGGAGCGGCUGAGGGUACGAAUGAGGGAGAAGGAUGAGGCUCACGCCGUCGAACUCCACACUUGGCGACAGCGAGUCAUUUCGACAGAGGGGAAAUUGCACCGCAUCAAUACCCUCGAGCAUGAGCUCCGUGAAUACCAAAAGAAACUGCGGCUCGCGAUGGAAGCGGCGUUCGGACCUGGGACUGAGGCAUGACGCUCGUCACCAGACACUCACGAGAUAGGCGGCGGAUUUUGAAGCGGAUGUUGUUGGAAUCACGGACAUUGGGUGCGGGCAUUCACUGUCGUCACACCGCCUAAGAAGAUUCCAGGUAUUUUGAUCAACAUUGCGAGUAGCCAGGCUGGGUUUUGCGAGGCGUCAAGGAAAAAGGGUACAUGGACAUGAAACCAUGGCACGAGGAUUGCUUUUAAGGUUGACGCCCACGACGAGAAAAUGAUUGCACGAGAUUAGCUAGAUUUGACUUGAGGGCGUCUAGAGAAAGACGAACAAACAAAUGGCUUUCAAUAAUGGAUCCUGACAUACCAACCGCAUCGUGAGGCUAGAGAGAGUACGCCCGCGAUUGAACUCAACCUCGACUUAAAAAGAGGCAUCACGAACCAUUUCACGCAACACUGCAAUCACGGAACUUGACGCACCAACUAGAUGGGCGACAUGGAUGAGAGAUGUGACAG